CCCCUUGAGGGGGAUUUGGGGAGGUGGGAGUGGGGCAGCGCCAAGGCCGGGCCCCCCCGCGCUGUCCUGGCGGGAGCGGCUGCAGUGGGGACCGAGUGCGGGCGGGAGCGGCCGAGAGCCCAGCGCUGCCCCAGCCCGACCUGCCCCAGCUCCAUCCCUGCCCCUGCCGUGGGAUGCUGUGGGUUUGGGGGGGAAGAGGGAGCCGGCAGUGGGUGCUGGGCCUGGGGCAGGAGGAGAAGGGAAGGAGAAGCAGGGUUGAGGAACGAACUGGUCAAAUGCUGCACGUGGGAGGAAAAGGUGGGAUUGUGCAGGAGAAGGAGGAGUUGUAGGAGGAAGAGGAGUGUGAGGAAGAGCAGGGACAGAGGAGAAGGAGGAGCAGAAAGAGGUGGCACCACAAGGUUCUACUCCUCCCUGUAUCUGCAGCCUCCCCCACAGCCCCAGGAGCUUUGUGCCCCCAGAUGCAUCAGGUGACCGGGGUAGGGCUAAUCCAUGAUUUUCAUGGGGGCUGAAUCUUGAUGUUUCUGAGCUUUAUUAGGCAAAUGUUGGUGCUUUUGUUUUUUUGUGAGGGCUGAAUCUCUUUAUUUUGGCGGGAGUUUUUGCUGAAUAUUGACGUUUGGGAAAUUUUAGACUUGCAUCUUGAUCUUUAGAGGAUUUCUGUGCUGAAUCUUGGUGUUUUGGAGGUUCUUACAGACACAAGAUGCCCAAUGCCUUUCCUAGAUGAACUUGGACAUGGAGGUUUUUCCAGUCCAAGCUGCUCUCCUCUUGAUUUUUUCCCCAAACCAGGAUUUUUCAUUCCCAGGGCGUGGCCUGAUGGAGGAGGAGGAAAAGCCCCAAAUGUACCUCAUGAAGAGGGGCAGCAAACCCUGCCCAGGGAGCUCUGGGGAGGAAAGAGGCCCCGUGAGCCAGGAAUGCAUCCUGCGAUCCAGCCAGAGCUCAGAGCUGGUGAAGAAGCCUCAUGUCAGGGAGAAGCCACACAGAUGCUUGGAAUGUGGGAAGUGUUUCAGCUGGAGCUCCACCCUGAGGCAGCACCAGGUGAUCCACACUGGGGAGAGGCCCUUUGAGUGUGAGGAGUGUGGGAGGAGUUUCAGCCACAACUCCGUCCUGAUCCAGCACCAGAGGAUCCACACCGGGGAGAAACCCUUUGAGUGUGGGGAAUGUGGGAAGAGCUUCAGGCAGAGGGGCCAACUGAUCCGGCACCAGGUGAUCCACACUGGGGAAAAGCCCUAUGAGUGUGGGGAAUGUGGGAUGAGCUUCAGGCAGAAGGGCUACCUGGUGCAGCACCACAUGAUCCACACUGGGGAGAAGCCCUUUGAGUGUGGGGAAUGUGGGAAGAGCUUCAGAGGAAGCUCGGCCCUGAUUCGGCACCAGGUGAUCCACACAGGGGAACGGCCCUACAGCUGCUUGGAAUGUGGGAAGAGCUAUGGGUGGAACUCUGACCUGAGAAAACACCAGCGCACCCACACUGGGGAGAGGCCCUACGAGUGUCCUGAGUGUGGGAAGAGGUUUCACAGGAGCUGCGAUCUCCUCAAACAUGAGCGGAUUCACACGGAGGAGAGGCCGUUCCGCUGCCCCGACUGCGGGAAGGGCUUCAAGCAAAACUGCAAACUCACCAUCCACCGGCGCAUCCACACCGGGGAGAGGCCCUACGAGUGUUGGGAGUGUGGGAUGAGAUUCUCACAGAGCUCUCACUUGACAGAACACCAACGGAGGCGCCACUGAGGGAAGCCCUGUGAGUGCCCCAAGUGUGGGAAGAGCUUUGUGUGCUGCUCCAGCUCCAUCCGCCAUGAGAGGAUCCACGUUGGAUGAUCCCCAGUGACAGUUGUUGGGCAGAGCCCUGGUGAUCCAUGGUCCUGCUGAUCUGUGUUGGGAAGACACCUGGCUUGGAGGCUUCACAUCUUCCUGGUUCCCUGUGGGCAGCUAGAUAAAUGCAGCAGCAGGAACAUCCAUUGGGACACAGACCAACAAUGGGAAUUCCUUGGGGACAGCAGAUUUCGACUUUCAACCACAUAAAAUCUUUUGCAUUCAUUCCUAUCUUCUGGUAACAUGAGCUAGUACUGAAUGGUGUUGAAGUUAUGUUCAGGGUGGACUGGACUAUAUGAUUCUUGUUUCCCCAGUCUGUUCUGUUUAUGCUGAAUAAUAAGUUUUGUACCUUUAGGACUUGUCCUGAGAGUGAAAGGGGGAGAGAAGAAGCACGGAGUUUGUUUUCAGACUCGGCACUCACUCCUCCACAUUCCUGCUCCUGUGCUGUGUUGUCUGCAGUUGGACAGACAGUGGGACAGAGCUCUCCUUUGCUUUUAGUUAGUUUUAGCUAGCUGAGGCAAAGAAGUUCCCUGGACUGUGGGGUUUUUUCCCUUUUCUUUGGACCUGUUUAAACCUGCUCUGGCCUGAACACCCAGGGGAGCACUGGCAGCUCACACCUGUGGCCCACCAGGCCGGGCCUGGGCCGUUGCAUUUCCAGCACCAGAGGGACUGAUAAGAGACUGAGUGAGCCAAGCUACAGCCCACGGAGGGGACUUUGUGAGUUUGUUUCUCUUUUAGAGCAGCAAGAGGUUUUAUUGUUUAAUACUGUUUAGGUUUUAUUGCGUAAUAAACAGGUUUUUCCACUUUUCUUCAAGGAGGUCUUUUAUUUUUCCUGAACCAGUUGGGGGAGGGGCCAAUUCAGUCUGCUGUCUAGAGGAACCCCUUUGGGGGUUCUCUCCCAAAUUUGUCCUGAACCGGGACAAGGUCUUUUCCAACUUCAGGGAUUCCACGAUUUUCAUUUCCUAUUGCCCAAGGGUGUCUUCCGUAGCCAAAUGAUGAAAAACUGGGGAAAAGACCAAGAUUUUGGAGACAGUGGGAUAGAAACUCCACCAGAAAAGGUUCUUGCCUUCUGCCCAAGCACGUGGAUCCUCAGCCAGCAUGGACACUGAAAUCCUUUUGUUAUGGUCUUGAUUUUUUUUAAAUUUCUCUUCAUGCCUUUAAAAUAUCUAAUCUUGAGGUAAAAGUAGACAUUGAACUAAGACAUGGCUGUGGUCAUGGUACAACACAGAUAUGGUGGGACACAGACAUGGAGAGUGACAUAGGGACACAUGGACAUGGAGGGGGCCAUAGCCAUUCAUGGGGACAUGUGUGGACACGGGCAUGGAUGGAGAUGUGGGGAACAAUGACAGGGAUGGAAACAUGGUGGGGAGACAGCCAUGGGUGAGGACAUGGUGGGACAUGGCCAGCGACUUGUUGGGACAUGGCCAUGGCCAGUGCCAUGGGGAAAACUUAUAGGGCAUGUGGGGGAUGCUGGGUUGGAGGGAGUUGAGGGUUCCUGGGAGGGACCUGGAGCUUGCUGAGGCCUUUGGGGAACCCAGGCCAAGUGGCUCUGGCUCUGCUGGGUGACCCAGGGGGAGGUUCUGGGGCAGCUGCUCAAGGACCCCCUGACCUGAAGCCCCAGCCAGGCAUUGGGCUCCUGGAAGGGGAUGAACAUUCUUGUCCCAGGAGGGAAAUCCCAGCAUCCCCAGGGUGUCAGGGGCAGCUGAGAGACCACAACAGGGAGGGGCGCGCCAGACAGAGCUGUCACACUUCUUAGCUACACCCCAAAAGUCCCAAAACUCAGGGAUUGCUCCCAGGAAAAAGCAUCCAGGAGCUGCAUGAAUUGAGGGAAAAGGGGGAUGUGAUCCCUUGAGACUGAGCAGGAGGGGCCUGGAUCCCCCAAAACCAAACACAGGGACAAGAGGUGGAACUGAAGGCACGAUGGGAAAGGGGUAGGAGUGCAGGGGAAAAGAGGAUUCAAAGUGGGAGAGGGAUGGUAAAUGAGCCUUAAUUGGUCUUAUUCUAGGGCAAGCUAUGACAGCUCCAGAGCUCAGCCCCCAAGGGGACUGAGUGCCAGAAGCCAGCUCGCUCAGACCAAGGCCACGGGUCAGCCCCUAGCAAGCAGCGAAUAUUCAGCUCUUAGUGAUUAGCCAGCUCUUAUGAUUUCAGCUUUGCUUGCUAGGUAGCUUUCCCUUGACUUGAGGCUCCAGCAGACGGUAGAGAGAGGAGAAGGAGAAGACGCCAGCUGUUCCACAUGUAUGGCUUUAUUGGAGGGGUUCGUGAAGAGUCUCAGCACUUCUUCCGAGUUAGUAGGGGUACAGUAUGCUACUUUUAUAACCUUGGCCCGGUUCCAGUCCUGACCGAUGGCAAAAGGUUAGAGGGACCAUAAGUAACCAAUAGUAAGGUUAACAAGAUAUUGCCUUACAUGGCUAUAGGGAUAGGUUAUAGGGCGGAUGUCCCUGGAGUCAGGAAGCUUCUUCGCUAUUGUGUGAGCAUUUCUAUUAUUCAGAUUCUCCACGGGGCUGUGGCUAAACCUGAGGGUUUCACUACAGGAUGGGAUCCCCAAAUUGAGUUGGGAGAGGUUCUUGGGUUGGGGGAAUGAUGGGAGAGUGGAGGGAAAGUUAGGGAUGGGAUAGAAGAAGGGUGGUUCCGUGGGGAUCCUAUUGUGUCCCCACUGCUUGAUCCCUGGAGUGAUUCCCUGGGGCUCUGGAGGGGAAUGGAUCUGCACUGGGUGGGUUCCCAAGCCCCCUGCCCAUCGCUGGGGGGCUCAUGGGAAGUUCUCUGGUUCCCUCCACCCAAACGCUGCAGCCGUGGGACAGACAAGGGUGUGAAAGUAGGAUCUGGAGUGGGCAGGGAGGAGGAGCAAUAGGAAGAGGAGGGAGAGAGGAGGCGGAGGAUGGGAAAAGGAAGAGCAGGAACAGGAAGAGGAAGAGGAGGAGCCACAGCAGAACCCCACGGUUUUCCCGCUUUCCCACUGAGUCUGCAGCUCCCCUGGUCCUGGCAGCAUCAAUGCCCCAGAUCUCACAGCCAGGAUUUGUCAAUCCCAAACUUUGUCUGGAUGGAGAUGGAGGAGGCUGCGAGGAAAAGGAAGAUGGCCUGGGACAUGAGGCAGACACUGAGCUGCAGACAGAGACCAGGGAGAGCAAAUCCCUGCUGCAGAACCUCAUGGAAGAGGCAGUUUUCAGCAGCUCUAUGGAAUGGGAAUCCAAUGGGGAGGAUAAGCCCUGGAGAUGCCAUAUAAGGAGGAGUUGCAAACUCAGCCCUGGGAGCUGUGAGGAGGAAAGAUGCCCCCUGUAUCCAGAAGGCAGCUGGAGAUCCAUUUGGAACUCAGAGGUGGCGGAGACAACUCAUGGCUGGCAGAAACCCCACAAGUGCUUGGAAGGUGGGAAGGGCUUCAGCCAGAGCUCUGGAGCUCAGACAUGAUCCAGCACCAGGUGGUCCACAUGGGGACACAGCCCUACAAAUGUGGGGAGUGUGGGAAGGGCUUUGGGUGGAGCUCCAACCUCAUCAAUCACUGCAAGGUCCACACUGGGGAGAGGCCCUAUGAGUGUCCUGAGUGUAGGAAGUGGUUUCUGAGCAGCUGCAAUCUCAUCGUAAUGAGUCAAGGGGUGAGCUGGAAAUGUAUUUACAGUUAUUGAAAAGUGUGGAUGAGUCAAGGGGCCAGCUGGGAGUACAAGUGAGAUAGUAGAAGAUUACAUAUUUUAGCUAAGAUUUUAAAAUUGGUUAAGAAGCUAAGUUAGCUAGCAAAACUCACAUACCUUAGUGAAAGAGUAACAAAUAUAUUUGAAAAGUAAAGCUAGGAGUGGCAGGGGUAGAUGUAGCAAUUGUGAAGAAGCAGAGACCAUGGAAAUAUCUUGCCUUAAGAAUAAUCAAACAGUUUGGAGUGGCUUGGGGCAUGACAAGCAGAUCAAAAAGUCCUGCCAACUGGCCAUGGGUGAAGAGUUUACCAUGAGAAAGAGAGCUUUCUUCUUCCCAUACGCCCACUCCUUUAUUUCAAAAUCCCACAGACCCAACUUAAGCGAGUGCAAUUGUGCAGCCAUAUUAGGUAUUCAGCUGAUUAUAAUACAAAGUGGGCAGAUAAUGAUUAUAUACUACACCUCCUUAGAAACUGCUUGGAUAUGUAAAGCCUUUUCUGUAUAAAUAGAGAGCAGGAGUCUGCAACUCCUUGCACCUGCAUUUGGAAAUGAUUCCUCAUGUGUCCAGCGCUGCAAUAAAAUACCCUUCUUUUCAGCUUUAAUUAGUUGAAGAGUUGUCUGUCCGUGCUUCAGUACAUCAGCAGAUUCACACAGAGGAGAGGCCCUUCCGCUGCCCCGACUGUGGGAAGGGCUUCAGGCACAACUCCACCCUUGUCACCCACAGGCACAUCCUCACUAUGGAGAGGCCCAAUGAGUGUCCUGUGUGUGGGAAGAGAUUCUCCAGAAGCUCUCACUUGAGCCAACACAAAUGGAGGCGUAAUUAAGGGACGCCCUGUGAGUGUCCCCAGUCCCGGUGUCACCCCCUUUUCUCUGCCCACAGAGCUCCUGAGCUGGUGGCAGCCACAGCCCCUUCCGGUGGCCUUGCACCUGGCUGAGACCUCCUGUGAUUGGGCAGGGAGGAUUGGGGCGUGACUGGGCAGGGAGGGUGUGGGCCAGGUGAGGAACACUGGGUGCUGAGGGUCUGCCCAGCAAGUGGUGAGUCAUCAGACCUGCUCUCUCUGAUUGGCUGACUCUUGUUCAUCACAUUCUCUGAUUGGCUGUGGAGAGGCCUGGGAGUUGAGAGCAGGAAUGGGAGUGAUCCCGCCCAGAGCACCGGCAUUGGCAAAAUAGACCCAGCCUCGGCACAGGGAGUGAAUUUAUUACCAAUGAAAUCACAGCAGGACAAAGAUAAGGGAAAGGAAUCUCUCCAAACUUUUCCCUCCGCCCAGGGGAGUUAAUGAUGAUGGAGAUACAGGGAUAUCCGAAUUUAGAUCAGAAGCCAGUUUUAUUGGGUAUUGGUGGUUCGUGCCCACCCAGGGACGCCAAAUAUUGGAAUAUGAAUCCCAAUAUUACCAGUUAGAUUGUGCUUGGGCCAGUCUGAUCCUCGCUGCUAGGCCGAAGGCAGCAUCUGUGGUGUAUCACCCCAGAGACACCUAUAGCUUGCUGGUGGUUGCAGCUGGGCCCUAAGCAAGUCCAGGCUUGUGAGGAACUCUGUUUACCUCAGGAAGAAGACUUCAGGCGAAGGUGAAGAGAAAAAAGGAGAGGAUUCUGCUGGAGGGUUUAAUAUCCAGAGGUUUGUUCCAUGGUGACACAGGUCUGAAUCUUGGGAAGAGCUCCAGCAGAAUACCCGACCGCAUGGCUGGACUCACCUUUUAAUUUCAAGAGGAGGGGAGGGGAGG